CUCGAUGACAUCAAAGAUGCCAUGGUCUUUAUCGAAGCCCUUCGUAGUGCAACAUUGGACGAUGGAGUAAUCAAUUUCGAUCCAGAUGCUCUUGAACGCCUUCGCAACCCACCUCAAGAGAUUCUGACUAUCGACGAUCCGGACGUACUCUUGUCGUUGAAGCUAUUCCUUGCUGACACCACCGAAGCCGCUUACAAUUCCAUUCGACAGGCUAUCAUGGAGCGCUUUCCUGACUCCGAAAUCCUGUCCUAUUAUCAGAUUCGCCGUCGUGUUGCUUUACUCAGCGGGAUUCAACCUAUCGUGCACGACAUGUGCGUAGACUCAUGUGUAGCGUUUUGUGGGCCCUGGCAACACCACGACAAGUGUCCUAAAUGCGGGCAAGAUCGGUAUGACCAGAAUAUCUUGCAGAAAAGUCGAGGGAGAAAAAAGGUGCCCGUUCGUGUCUUCGAGACUAUCCCCGUUGCCGACCAGAUUCAAGCACUUUGGAGGGACCCUAUCAGUGCGCAAAAGAUGCGAUAUCGGGAUGACGCAACCAACGUGCUUCUUGAGAAGCUC